AAUGUCAAGUCAAAACUAAAUUACUAGAUUUAAAGAAUAAGAGGAUUUAAUGGAUAUAAAAUAAGAGGUAAGAUUAAAUAAUGAAUUAGUUUAUGAGAAGAAUCAAUAAAAAUCAUAUGAAAAUGGAAUUAUCUGAAAGAAAACAUAGUGAUGGCUCUUUAGAAAAAUCAGUUAAAUUGACUCCCAUGACAACAGGAGAUUAUAUAGGAAUAUGGGCAAUUGCUAUAUUAAAAAGCUUUUUUUUAAUAUGCUUUCUUUUGAUGGUUUAUGAGAUAUAUAAAGAUAUUUAAGCGCACAUUGAUAUUUCAAAAACUUAGAUUUUAAUUGAAAUGAAAAAUUGUGCUGCUGAAUAUGAACAAAAUUUAUGUUCAGAAAAUUACUUAAUAGAAUCAAUGGCUCAAAAAUGUAAAGAAUUAGAAAUUUGUAUUAACUAAAAUAUUGAAAUGAAAGUGAGGACAUAAUAACUUUGGUUAUAAGUUUUAGGAAAUUCAUUUGAAAAUAUGUUCAAGACACUUUCUCUUAAAACUUGUGUUAUGAUCUCCUUUAUAAGUAUAGUAACUAGUAUUAUUUUUAUCAAAAACUGA